AUGGCGAGCAAGUCGUCCACCAUGGCGGCUCUGUGCUCGGCCUGCCGUGCCUCUCUUUACAAACCCACAGCAUCGAUAUACUGCACGAGCCGUCUACAGCCUCUACGCUUCACAUCAACGGCAGCCAACCGCCACAGCAGCAGGAGGAGCCGUCGAACCUACGCCACAGCAUCCUCAUCCUCGUCUUCCGAUGACGCUUCACCGCCGCCAUCAUGGCCUAGCUCGCCGAACCCGACGCCCUACGAGAUAUUCGGCAUGAGCUGGCGUGAGCCCUACACCAAGCGCCGUUUCCACCAGCUCGUCAAGCUCUACCACCCCGACAUGACGCCUCCGACCACCACCACCACCGCCUCCUCCUCCUCCUCCUCCUUCUCCUCGCUCUCGCGCGCCGCCCGCACCGAGCGCUACCGUCUCGUCGUCGCCGCCAACGACCUCCUCAGCGACCCUUCCAAGCGGCAGCUCUACGACCUCCACGGCGCCGGCUGGACCCGCGGCCACGCGCCCAACCUGCGCGAGCGCGACCGCGACUGGCGGCACCAGCCCAACAGCCCCGCGCGCAACGCCACCUGGGAGGACUGGGAGGCGUGGCACCACGAGCAGCGCCGGCGGCAGUACGGCGGCGACCCCCCCAGGCCCGUGUACAUGAGCAACGGCCUCUUCGCGACGCUCGUCGUGGCCAUGUGCUUCGUGGGCGCCAUGGCGCAGAAGAACCGCGCCAUGGCCGUCGGCGAGCAGUACGUCGAGUUUGUCGAGGACCGCAACGCCGACAUCGGGCGCGCCAUGCAGCGCACCACGAGCGCCGCCGCGGGACGCUCGCGCGAGGAGCGCAUCGACUCGUUUGUGCGCGACAGGGAGAAUGUGGCCUAUCGCUACCGGCCGGGCAGGUAUGAUGCGCCAGAGGGCCUGCCAGAGGAUGACGGGGGGCAGGCGGCGCGGGAGACGCAGCGGCUGCGUGGUGUGAGAGCGCCGCCGCCGUGA